GCCACACUUUUCCCAAUAUCUGUCCAAUCUCCUCGGUAGCCGAUACCUUUUCAAUUCUCCCCAAAAUCAAUAAAACACAUGUGGCGGGUUCGCCAUACUGUACCCUUCCAAGUUCUACGAGUUUCUUGCGCCUAGGGGCACCUGUGCUUGUUUCCGUCAACCUUUGCCCUCCAGACACCUAUCCAUAAAACCCCCUCCUUAUCUCUCCGUGUUUUCCUUGGAAUACCUAGCUCUCUGCCAGCAGUUAUACGUCGGAAGAUCUCGCGACUGACAGCAAAGGUGUUUGUUUGGCUUAUGUGGCCUUGUUCCUUUGUGCACUAGAGAAAUCUCGCGAACUUGAGCUAACGAACUACAAAUCAUGGCCUCCGCGCCCCUACCGGUACCUACACCAUCUGUCCAGCCACCGGCAGACGACCCACUCCCACUCGAGUCUGAUAACUCAUGUUCGCCCUCUUCCUCGAAAGAAGUCUCUCCUGCUAGCUCUCCUGCCCUCUCACGUUCUACGUCCUUCGUUGGCUCGAACGAGGAUUGGGGUGAGGUCUUCCCUCCCUUGGACAAACUUACGGUCUUCGACUUCCUCGACCAGUUUGCCCUCCCACAGAGACUCGAGAGAAUCAAUGAGCAGAUCAACAGAAAGAUACAAUUCCAGAGCGAGAGCCUAAAGAAGCAUCGUGACAAGGUUAAGUUGGAGUAUGUAAAGCAGAAAGAGAGGGUCAUUAAGAAAACGGAUGUCGAGUUCGAAAAGUACCGCAAACGAUAUAGCCAGGGACUCGAGAAGGUUCUUAAUAAAUGGGAUGAUACUAGGGUUGUUUCUACAAGGGAGAAGAUCUCGUUCGUGGUUGGUGUCUGCAAUAUCUUCAUUACAGGAUUCCUGAUUGGCGGAUAUCCGUGAGUUUGUUCUGUCGGUGUUUUUAUAUGGAGCGAAUCCUAAUGUGUCAGCGUCAUAGCGAAUGGAUCCAUGUGUGGUAUUCUAUUCAGCUUCUAUACUUUAUGCCAAUCCGCUAUUUCACCUAUCACAAGCGCGGUUACCAAUACUUUUUGGCUGAUCUGUGCUACUUUGUUAACCUUCUUCUCUUGCUCAACAUUUGGGUUUUCCCGAACUCUCGGCGUCUAAUGAUCUCGACAUACUGCCUUGCAUACGGAAACAAUGCUUGGGCCAUUGCGAUGUGGAGGAAUUCCUUGGUUUUCCACUCGCUUGAUAAAGUUACGUCUUUAUUCAUUCACAUUAUGCCCCCGGUUGUCCUGCAUUGUCUGGUGCAUUUGUUGGAUCAGGACAUUGUUGACUCCCGCUUCCCAUCCAUUAGUAGGGUUAAGGGAGUGGAGAAGUAUGGUUUGAUCGAGAUGGUUAUUUGGGCAACUGUUCCUUAUGGAAUAUGGCAAUUGUCUUAUCAUCUAUUAAUCACGGUUAGCACCCCCGGGGCUUGCGCUGUAUUCGCUGUCUGCUAAUUGUCGCUUUAGGUGAGGAGACGCGAAAAAAUUGCAGCAGGGCGCCCAACGUCGUUCACCUGGCUUCGCAAGAGCUAUUCAAAGACCUGGAUUGGCAAACUCGUCCUCCGUCUACCAGAAACUAUGCAGGAACCUGCAUUCAUGCUGAUUCAGUACUCUUACGCUGUUUUAACUAUGCUGCCAUGUCCUUUCUGGUUCUAUCACAAGGGCUUUUCUGCUCUCUUCCUAACAGCUGUUGGCCUCUGGAGCAUCCAUAAUGGUGCUACCUACUAUAGUAAGUGACCGAGCCUGGCCUCCUUUAAAGGUUAUGACUAAAAUUAUCCCAAAGUCGAUGUGUUUGGCAAACGCUUCCAGAACGAACUUGAACAGCUGAAGAAGGAUGUUGCAAAGUGGCAGAACUCCCCUCUCUUAAACGAAAGCAAUGGGGACACAAAGCACAUGGAGCCCUUGAACCUUACGAUAAAGACAACCACCGAGUUGACCGCCACCGACAGAGGAGAGAAGAAGCCAGACGGCGGUGAACUUCGGGAGCGGAGCAUCACUAGCUCUGUUACUACCGAAACCUUGUAGAGUUGAAUAGUUACGAGAAGUAGGCUUAACGGUUUUUGCUUUAUUGUUUCUUCUUGGUCUUUGGUUUUUUUGUGGGUGUUGGAUGAAUUCAUAGGAAUGACCGGGAUGGCCCGGGCUAGGUGGUUUUCAUUGUUUUACUAUUAUUACCAUUCAUUCAUCUUGGGUGAGCUUGGGCGCCGCCACCGGUGUCGGUGUGCUCACCGUACUUGCACAGGAUUCGGCCCUGGAAGAUGGGUUUCGCUUUGGAAUAUCAUACCUUUAACCGACGCCUGGCUCUCCGGUAGGGAUCCGUCCAGUUUUGUUCCUGUUCGAUAUUCUCCUGUCCUCUUUUUCCCCUCUCCUUGGCCGGUUAUGAGCGGGAUUUAUGCCCGGGUUUUUCUGCCUUCUAUUUCUUUUCAUCUCUGCGCGAUUGGUCCUGACUUGGAGAUGAUAAUAAUGAUUAGCUUGACGUGAUAGGUGGUGGUGGGUGAUGUAUGGGUUUAUGAAUUAACUUUCUCACUCUAAUGCGUACCUCUAAUGUAAUGUAUCUCUAUCAACUGUAUUCCAAGUUCCCAACGUUGUGACUCUGAAGGAAGAAAGUUUCCAAGCCCAGCCCCUCCCUUCUCCCCCAAACACACAAUAUUGCAUUACCCACCCCUCCGGAAACCCGAUCCGGACCAGAAACGGCCUGAUGUCAAUCCCCCCUCC